AUGUCAUGGGAGACUUGGCCCAAGCCGAUACUUUGUGACACGGAAAGACGGAUAGGCUCUCCUUAUCGACGUAGACUGUGUGGUGGUCUACUACAUCGAGCUAUCCUUAAAGGAUGGCUCGCGUGCGUUCCUGGUUGCAUCAAGGGGACGUCGGGGAGCGGUCCUUUGGUGCCUUUACGGAAGUGGAAUCUCACGCUGGCGACGCGUGUUGCGGAAGCACCUGCGAUCGGUGUGUCCGCCCCAGUUUCGGUACCUCAUCUCACAAUGUGGGUGCACAUAUGCUCCGCGACCUCGUGCAGACAUGUGCGGCGUGACCUCAGGUUUCUCAACGAGAAAAUGAUGCUUCUCCUUCUGUUGGCUUCCUUUUCAACGGCAGAGCUCGGUCCGAGUAUCAAUCAGAGGCUUGCCGCGCAUUCAUUUAAUAAUUGA